CUCACGCAGUCUCUUUCCCCGGCCACAAAACAACCGUGAGUGUCUAACUCACUGUUCUCUAAAACUUAAAAAAGAAAAAAUAUAUAAAAAAAUACAAAAUACAUAAAAUCUUAAUAAAAACAGUACCGUAAUAUUCAAAAUAAUUUUUUAAAAAAUACAUCUCUUUUAUAAUAUUUGAAAAAAGACUGACAGGCCUCGGGCUUAACCCGAAGUUGGCGGCUGUACUUUUUGAAGAAGACUAUUUUUAUUUGGAAGACAUCGACAACUUGUUUUCUAACUUGUCUUAUCAGCGAGUCGUGGAAACUUUUAUAGAUAGGAACCCAAGUCGAUCUGCCAAAGAGCGUUUCAUCAUUAAGCACAAAGCUCCGGAGAACAAUUCCAAAUAGUUUCAGUUGCAAUUCUGUGGGGAGAAAAGCUUUCAUUCAUAUUGUGAUCACCGAGAAAUGAGCACAGCGACUGAGGGGAGUUAUCCAAUGGCUUCUCUUUAUGUUGGCGAUCUGCACCCCGAUAUCACGGAGGCUAUGCUGUAUGAGAAAUUCAGCCCAGCCGGACCAGUCCUGUCUAUCCGAGUAUGUCGUGAUAUGAUCACCCGGCGCUCUCUUGGAUAUGCCUAUGUCAAUUUCUCUCAGCCCGCUGACGCGGAGAGAGCCCUGGACACCAUGAACUUUGAUGUGGUGAAAGGGAAGCCAAUCAGAAUAAUGUGGUCUCAACGAGACCCCUCCCUCAGGAAGUCUGGAGUGGGCAACGUGUUCAUCAAGAACUUGGACAAAACCAUUGACAACAAAGCACUUUACGACACCUUCUCUGCUUUUGGCAACAUCCUUUCUUGCAAGGUGGUGUGUGAUGAAAACGGAUCCAAGGGCUAUGCCUUUGUGCACUUCGAGACACAGGACGCCGCCGACCGGGCCAUCGAGAAGAUGAACGGCAUGCUUCUGAACGACCGCAAGGUGUUCGUAGGACGCUUCAAGUCUCGGAAGGAAAGAGAGGCUGAGCUUGGUGCCAAAGCCAAGGAGUUCACCAACGUCUAUAUUAAGAACUUUGGGGACGAUAUGAAUGAUGACCGGCUGAAGGAAAUGUUUGACAAAUACGGUAAAACACUCAGUGUAAAAGUAAUGAUGGACCACGGCGGCAAAUCCAGAGGCUUUGGGUUUGUGAGCUAUGAGAAACACGAGGACGCUAACCGGGCUGUUGAGGAGAUGAACGGCACAGAAUUCAACGGCAAGAUGGUGUUUGUGGGACGUGCUCAGAAGAAGAUGGAGCGUCAGGCUGAGCUGAAAAGGAAGUUUGAGCAGAUAAAACAGGAGAGGAUUAGCCGUUACCAGGGUGUUAACCUUUACAUUAAGAACCUGGACGACACCAUUGAUGAUGAGAAACUACGCAAGGAGUUCUCUCCAUUUGGGUCCAUCACAAGUGCCAAGGUCAUGCUGGAGGAGGGCCGUUCCAAGGGGUUCGGUUUUGUGUGUUUCUCCUCCCCUGAGGAGGCCACCAAGGCGGUGACUGAGAUGAAUGGGCGCAUUGUGGGCUCCAAACCCCUCUAUGUGGCCCUGGCCCAGCGCAAGGAGGAACGCAAAGCCCACCUGACCAACCAGUAUAUGCAGCGCAUCGCUGGCAUGAGAGCCAUGCCAGCCAACGCCAUCAUCAACCAGUUCCAGCCUGCCAGCGGCUACUUCAUGCCAGCAGUGCCACAGGCCCAGAACAGGACAACCUACUAUGCACCCAAUCAGCUGGCCCAGAUGCGUCCCAACCCCCGCUGGCAGCAGCAGGGUGGCAGAGGCCAAGGUGGCUUCCAGGGGUUGCCCAACUCACUGCGCCAACCCGGUCCACGAGCCAACCUGCGACACCUAGCUCCCAAUGCUAGUGCCCAGGGCCCACGAGGUAUGCCCCCAGGCGCUGGCCAGGCCAUGGGACCUCGUCCCUCCUCCCUCCCUACCCCACGUGCUAUGCCUCCCUACAAGUACGCCACAAGCGUGCGCAACACCAACCCCCAAGUGGUGCAGCCAAUUGCCCUUCAGCAGACUCAGCCUGCCGUGCAUGUGCAGGGCCAGGAGCCUCUCACAUCAUCCAUGCUGGCCGCCGCUCCACCCCAGGAGCAGAAGCAGAUGCUCGGGGAGCGUCUGUUCCCCCUGAUCCAGGCCAUGCACCCCAGCUUGGCAGGAAAGAUUACUGGGAUGCUCCUGGAGAUUGACAACUCAGAGCUGCUUCACAUGCUUGAGUCACACGAAUCUCUGCGCUCCAAGGUGGAGGAGGCCGUUGCAGUACUUCAGGCCCAUCAGGCAAAGAAGGACGCCACCCAGAAAGUAGGAGUCAUCCCUGCAACUGCUGCUGCCACCACCUCCUGAUGUGAAACACGCUGAUAAGAGAAGGGGAGAGAUUAUUACACCUGUUUCAGUUUCCUGAGAUAUGUACUACAUUAUGCAAAACCAAAAAAUAUAUAUAAAAAACGAAAAAUAAAUUAAAAACCUACUUGAACCCUUUCAGAAAUAUUACAGUAUUCAAUUAUUUUCCUAGUCCUGUAAUAGUUUAAAACAGAAUACCAAAAGCAACAAAACAAUUUGAUUCAAGGUCCUUCAAUUUGUGAACCUUGAUAGACCCUUUUUCUAUCAAGAAAAUGAUAUUUGCUCUAAUUCUUUGCUUGAGGAUUUUGUGUUUGAAGACUUGAUUUGGUCUAUUUGAUUCCUUGUCCCAUCCUGCUAUCAUGGGUGGUGUGGUAUUCUCAAUAAAGGGAUGAAUAUAUCAAGUUUA